CCCCACCCCCCGGGAUCCCGCCUGAUCCCGGUGCUCUUGCCUGAUCACUUUACACUUCUUGUCUGAUUUGGGAGCAGCAGGACGUGUAUUACUUCAGCUUCAAGACAAUCCCAAAGAGGAAGGAUGGCCAGUGCCUUCUCUCGGUUCUUCACUGGCCGCAGCGCAUCUGCUCUCUUUGCCACCCUUGGGACCCUUGGCACCGGGGCUCUGACCACCGGUUACCUGCUCAAUCAGCAGAAUGUCAGCGCCGGGGCUUACGAAAGGCCUAAGCUGUUUCCUGCAAGUGCAGACUUCCCCGACCUACGCAAACAUAACAACUGUAUGGCUGAGUGUCUCACGCCAGCCAUCUACGCCAAGCUCCGGGACAAGGCGACGCCUAAUGGCUAUACCCUGGACCAGUGCAUCCAGACCGGCGUGGACAACCCCGGCCAUCCCUUCAUUAAAACCGUCGGCAUGGUGGCUGGGGACGAAGAGUCGUAUGAGGUGUUUGCUGACCUCUUUGAUCCAGUCAUUAAGCUGAGGCACAAUGGCUACGACCCGAAAGUGAUGAAACACCACACUGACCUCGAUGCAACCAAGAUCACUCAGGGGCAGUUUGACGAGCGCUAUGUACUGUCCUCUCGGGUCCGCACCGGUCGCAGCAUCCGGGGCUUAAGCCUGCCCCCGGCUUGCACCCGGGCGGAGAGAAGAGAGGUAGAAAAUGUCGCCAUCACAGCCCUGGAGGGGCUGAAGGGCGACCUGGCUGGGAAGUAUUACAAGUUGACGGAAAUGACUGAGCAAGACCAACAGCAACUUAUUGACGAUCAUUUUCUAUUUGAUAAACCAGUGUCCCCCUUGCUAACGUGUGCUGGGAUGGCUCGUGACUGGCCAGAUGCCAGAGGAAUCUGGCACAACUAUGACAAGACCUUUCUCAUCUGGAUUAAUGAGGAAGACCACACCAGGGUGAUCUCUAUGGAAAGGGGGGGCAAUAUGAAGCGAGUGUUUGAGCGAUUCUGCCGUGGAUUAAAAGAGGUGGAAAAAUUAAUCCAAGGGCGGGGCUGGGAGUUCAUGUGGAAUGAGCGCCUAGGCUACGUCCUGACCUGUCCUUCCAACCUCGGAACUGGAUUACGUGCUGGAGUCCACGUUAAAAUCCCAAAGCUCAGCAAGGACCCCCGUUUUUCUAAGAUCCUGGAGAACCUGAGACUUCAGAAGCGUGGCACAGGCGGUGUGGACACUGCAGCUGUGGCAGACGUGUAUGAUAUCUCCAACAUAGACCGUAUUGGACGUUCGGAGGUGGAGCUCGUCCAGAUAGUCAUUGAUGGAGUCAAUUACCUGGUGGAUUGUGAGAAGAAGCUGGAGAGAGGCCAGGACAUCAAGAUUCCACCUCCUCUGCCCCAGUUCGGCAAGAAGUGAACUCAAUGAAGUUGGUCGCCCCCCUAACCCUUUUAAAAAUAUCUGUCUGCUGGUAUGACAGGUAUGAAUAAAUAAAUCUCUAGGCUGAGAGUUAUUGUAGGCUUAGAAGAGCCUCGGUAUAUAAAUGUAGGUCUCUUCAUAAUAAAACUCUCUCUAAUGUC